GAAUCAGUAUCGUUUUUUGAGCUGCCGAACCAAAAAUGCUUUCAAAAUCGCAGCUAUUACUGCUCGUUGUCGGGUUCUGCCUGAAUGCAGCCGUCUCGGCUGACGUGGACUGCAGCAAGCGGCCAUCGUUUGUCAAUCCCAAAACCUGUUGUCCAAUGCCGGACUUCGUGACCGCCGAGUUGAAGCAAAAGUGCAUCAAGUUUGACAUGACUCCGCCGCCGCCGCCGGAUGGGGAAGCAAGUGGAUCCUUUGAGAGCAAGCGUCGUCAUCAUCAUCCGCAUCCCCCACCAUGCUUCUUCUCCUGCAUCUUUAACGAGACUGGAAUCUAUCAAAACCGGAAACUGGAUGAGGCAAAGCUGAACGCCUACUUGCAGGAGGUCUUCGAGGACAGUUCUGAUCUGCAGACCACGGCCACCCAGGCCUUCACCACCUGUGCAACCAAAGUCGCGGAUUUCGAGGCCAAUUUACCUCCUCGUCCGGCUCCAUCUCCGCCACCCGGAUUCCCCAUGUGUCCUCACGAUGCUGGUCACCUCAUGGGCUGUGUGUUCCGCAAUAUGAUGAAGAAUUGCCCAGACUCAAUACGGAAUGAUUCCCAGCAGUGCACUGACAUGAAAGAGUUCUUCACCAAGUGCAAGCCACCUCGUGGUCCUCCUCCUUCCGCCGAAGAUAUGUAAGGCACCCAAGAAAAAUCCUAUUUGUCUGAAAACCCGCAAUGAAUUUACCUCUACCAAGCCGAACUUUUAAUAUCAUUCAAUUUAAGCCAAUAAACAUUUAAAGCUC